CAAAAGAAAAGUAUUGGCCAUCGACUAGGGUUUUAGUGAAGUAUAAAACCAAGCUCCGCAGCGGCAGUCCCUUUUCUCACAUUAGUUUCUUCUACUCCCCACUUCCCCCUCACGGCCGUCGGCGGAGGCUAAUCGAGGAGAAACAAUGGCCUUCAUCAAAGUCCAGAAGACAAGGGCUUAUUUUAAGCGUUUCCAGGUCAAAUUCAAGAGAAGGAGAGAGGGGAAAACAGACUAUAGAGCCAGGAAUCGUUUGAUCAAUCAGGACAAAAAUAAGUACAACACUCCAAAAUAUCGUUUGGUUGUCCGAUUUACUAACAAGGACAUAAUUGCACAAGUUGUGUCUGCUAGUAUUGCUGGUGACAUGAUUCUUGCUUCUGCUUAUGCUAACGAGCUGCCUCGUUAUGGCCUCAAAGUUGGACUGACUAAUUAUGCUGCUGCCUACUGCACUGGACUUCUUUUGGCACGGAGAGUUCUCAAAAAGCUUGAAAUGGAUGAGGAGUAUGAAGGAAACCUUGAGGUCAAUGGGGAGGAUUACUCCGUUGAACCUGCUGAAAGCAGAAGGCCUUUCCGUGCUCUCUUGGAUGUUGGCCUUUUGAGGACUACUACAGGAAAUCGUGUUUUUGGUGCUCUCAAGGGUGCGUUGGAUGGUGGACUUGAUAUUCCUCACAGUGAGAAGAGGUUCGCUGGAUUCAGCAAGGAUUCCAAGCAACUUGAUGCUGAAGUUCACCGCAAGUACAUAUAUGGUGGCCACGUUGCUACAUAUAUGAAGACUCUGAUUGAAGAUGAACCAGAGAAAUAUCAGACACACUUUAGUGAGUACAUCAAAAAGGGUCUUGAAGCUGAUGGCCUUGAGGAGAUGUACAAGAAGGUUCAUGCUGCCAUUCGUGCUGAUCCAAGCCCAAAGAAAUCUGAGAAGCAGCCUCCUAAACAGCACAAGAGGUAUAAUCUGAAGAAGCUAACAUACGAGGAAAGGAAAGCUAAGUUGAUUGAGAGACUGAAUGCUUUGAAUUCAGCUGCUGGAAAUGAUGACGAUGAUGAGGAUGACGAGUAAACGGCAUUGCAAGAGUCUUGAAAUAUUAUUGUUGCUUAUGUUCUUGUUAUACUCUGUUUUUGCUUCCUUAUUGAGUUCUCAGUUUUGCAUGCUCUGUAGAAUGAUAAUUUACCAAUUUGAGAAUGUUCUAAAUUUUUAUACUCACUCAGCCUUAUAAAUCUGGCAUGUGGAUGAAUAUUAUGUCGCUUGCAAGGUAAUCUUGCCUACUUAUUAUUGCCUUGGCAAUGAGUUGUUGGAUUAAUCCAGGCAUUUUCUUCACAAA